AUUCCCAAGAACAGAACUGGGAUGGUCCCGAGGGUUCCAGGGCUGAAAAGGAAAAGUCUAAGAGCAAAGGGCCAUGUCUAUGUUUGUUUCCUGAUCCGCGGCAAAGCACCUCCUAAACGUCGGGUCGCCACUACCCUCUCUGGGGACCCGCAGCACGAAGGCGGAAGUGAAGCGCCCGGAAAGGCGCCCUCUGCCCUUUAAAUGGAGCUAAUAACCCUAGACAGCCCCACCCCCUCCCGCCAAGGAAGGAGAUUAUUGGCUCUCCCUGACAGUAUCGCUCUCCUAUUGGUCCGUGGGCUAAUGCCAACGUGCAGAUUGGCCCCAAAGUUUUCUUUCGGUUUCCGGCGUCCCAGCAAUGGCGGCUCUGGACUCCUUGUCGCUCUUCACUGGCCUCGGCCUGAGCGAGCAGAAGGCCCGCGAAACGCUCAAGAACACGGUUCUGAGCGCGCAGCUACGCGAGGCGGCGACCCAGGCGCAGCAGACUCUGGGCUCCUCCAUCGACAAGGCUACCGGGACCCUGCUCUACGGCUUGGCCUCCCGACUCCGGGAUCCCCGGCGCCUUUCUUUCCUCGUGAGCUACAUAGCCAGUAGGAAGAUCCACACUGAGACCCAGCUGAGCGCUGCCCUUGAGUACGUGCAGAGUCAUCCCUUGGAUCCCAUCAAUACUGAGGAUUUCGAGCAGGAAUGCGGUGUGGGCGUUGUGGUGACCCCAGAACAGAUUGAAGAGGCCGUGGAGGCUGCCAUAAAUCGCCACCGAGCCAAGCUCCUGGUAGAGCGUUACCAUUUCAACAUGGGGCUGCUGAUGGGAGAGGCUCGGGCUGCACUCAGGUGGGCAGAUGGCAAAAUGAUCAAGCAUGAAGUAGACAUGCAGGUCCUCCAUCUUCUGGGUCCCAAGACGGAGACUGAUCUGGAGAAGAAGCCCAAGGUGGCAAAGGCUCGGCCAGGAGAGACAGACCGAAGGACAGCAAAGGAUGUGGUGGAGAAUGGCGAGGCUGUUGUUCAGACCCUGUCUCUGAUGGAGCAGCUCCGAGGCGAGGCACUGAAGUUCCACAAACCUGGUGAGAACUACAAGACCCCAGGCUAUGUGACCACUCCUCAUACCAUGGAUCUACUGAAGCAGCACCUGGAGAUCACUGGAGGACAGGUUCGUACCCGGUUCCCGCCAGAGCCCAAUGGAAUCCUGCACAUUGGACAUGCCAAAGCAAUCAAUUUCAAUUUUGGCUAUGCCAAGGCCAACAAUGGGAUCUGUUUCCUGCGCUUUGAUGACACCAACCCUGAGAAAGAGGAAGCAAAGUUCUUCACUGCCAUCUACGACAUGGUGGCCUGGCUGGGUUACACCCCUUACAAGGUGACAUAUGCCUCCGAUUAUUUUGACCAGCUGUAUGCCUGGGCUGUGGAGCUUAUCUGCAGGGGUCAGGCCUAUGUGUGCCACCAGCGAGGAGAGGAGCUCAAAGGCCACAACCCACUGCCCUCACCCUGGAGAGACCGUCCCACAGAGGAGUCGCUGCUGCUCUUUGAGGCAAUGCGCAAGGGCAAGUUUGCUGAGGGUGAGGCCACAUUGCGGAUGAAGCUGGUGAUGGAGGAUGGCAAGAUGGACCCCGUGGCCUACCGCGUCAAGUACACGCCGCACCACCGCACAGGGGACACCUGGUGCAUCUACCCCACCUACGACUACACGCACUGCCUCUGUGACUCCAUUGAGCACAUCACCCACUCCCUCUGCACCAAGGAAUUCCAGGCCCGACGCUCCUCCUACUUCUGGCUGUGCAACGCGCUGGACGUCUACUGUCCCGUGCAGUGGGAGUACGGCCGCCUCAAUCUGCACUAUGCUGUCGUCUCCAAGAGGAAGAUUCUCCAGCUUGUGGCAGCUGGCGCUGUGCGGGAUUGGGAUGAUCCCCGGCUCUUCACGCUCACAGCCUUACGACGCCGGGGCUUUCCGCCCGAGGCCAUCAACAACUUCUGUGCUCGGGUGGGAGUGACAGUGGCACAGACCACAAUGGAACCACAUCUGCUAGAAGCCUGUGUGCGUGAUGUGCUGAAUGACACGGCCCCUCGGGCCAUGGCUGUGCUAGAGCCAUUACAGGUGGUCAUCACCAAUUUUCCUGCUGCCAAGGCCUUGGACAUCCAGGUGCCCAACUUCCCAGCUGAUGAGACCAAGGGCUUCCAUCAGGUUCCCUUUGGAUCCAAUGUCUUCAUUGAAAGGACGGACUUCAAAGAGGAGCCAGAGCCAGGCUAUAAGCGCCUGGCAUGGGGCCAGCCCGUGGGCCUGAGGCAUACAGGCUACGUCAUCGAGCUGCAGCAUGUUGUCAAGGGCCCCAGUGGCUGUGUGGAAAGCCUCAAGGUGACCUGCAGGCACGCAGAUGCUGGUGAAAAGCCCAAGGCAUUUAUUCACUGGGUAUCACAGCCUCUGACAUGUGAGAUCCGCCUCUACGAGCGACUAUUUCAGCACAAGAACCCCGAGGAUCCUGCUGAGGUGCCCGGUGGAUUCUUAAGUGACCUGAACCCGGCCUCGCUACAAGUGGUGGAGGCUGCGUUAGUGGACUGUUCUGUGGCCCUGGCAAAGCCCUUCGACAAGUUCCAAUUUGAGCGCCUUGGUUACUUUUCCGUGGAUCCAGACAGCAACCAGGGACAGCUUGUCUUCAACCGAACCGUCACACUGAAGGAGGACCCAGGAAAAGUGUGAACUGCAAGUCCUGUGGACCUACCUCAUCCUUUCGGAGGCUAGGGGUACCCAGACUCCAUGUCAAUAAAGAACAGUAAAUCCCCUGGA